AGAACGCACCGUCCUCUCAUUCCGAACUUUAUUCUCGAGCCGUGUAGUGAACACAUCUCGCGCGAUAUUAUCGAAAACGAAACGAACAUUUGACAAAAUAAAUCGCAGUGCACGCGUCCCUAACCUCAAUUCGUGUUCGAAUCGAGUUACCUGUGCCUUAUCGAAAAUGUCUAAGCAACACACUAAAUUUCCAGAUGCUUCCGGGGAGUCGCUAAAGGAAGACAAAUGCCAGGCGUACGAAUGCUCGACGGAUAGCGGCUUCGUGUCCGGAGAAAUCGCAGAUUCCGGCCUCAUCGAGACGGAAUUCAAGGAAUCCAACAGCUCCUAUCAGGAUACGGGAAGCGCCGAAGAGCAGGAAAACGAAGAAAAAAUGCUCAUCGAUAGCGGAUUGGUAGUGACGGACAGUUUUUACAAGCUCAGCCUCGGCGGGCAGAACGACCUGAACUCUCCCGAUAAAGGCCCGACACUUGUUGAAUCCCAAUCGACAGACCUGAAGGACAUCCCUUCGAUGUUUUAUUACACGCAAGACGAGGACGGAGAUACACACCUCCACACAGCAAUCGAAGAGGGUUUCGUCGAGGUCGCUUUAGCCCUGAUCAGAGCUGCUCCCCUUCCCGAACUCCUCGAAAUUCGAAACAACAGCGGUCAAACGCCUCUCCACCUCGCCGUCGCCACAGGUCAAGCGAACGUAGCUCGGUGGCUCGUCGUGGCCGGAGUUGAUCCCUGCCCGAGAGGGUUCAAAGGUCAUUCCCCCUUCCACAUCGCAGCCCUCAGCAACGACACCAAGAGCGUCCAGGCACUUGCCCAUCCUGUCCAACAACAAGAAAAAGACCAGCUGGCGUUAAGCUACCAAGUACAGGAGUAUCUGCCCUGCGAUUUAGAUCAGUGGAACUUUUUAGGUCAGACUUGCGUGCACGUAGCAGCGAUCCGUGGACACGUAGAGGUUCUGAAACAUUUGGUCUGGUACGGAGCCGACAUCAACGCCAGACAGGGUUGCACGGGAUACACCGCCCUUCACUACGCGGUGGAGCAGAGGGAUGAAGCCCUCGUGCAGUACUUGCUCACUUGUAAAAAUAUCGACGUCGACGUACUGACGUACGAAGGGAGAGACGUCCUUGAAGUCAGCAAGGACGUGUCCGAGUCCAUCAAGAUGUCCUUGAGGAAUAGAGGAGUUCCAUCGCCGUUACCCAGUGAUGACGAAGAUGACUUCGAUAGCGAUGAUGAGGUCAACGGCGAGUUCGACAGCGAAGAUGAGAUGUACGAGCAGAACUCCCCUUCGAUGGAUUCCUUGGUGGGGGCUAACGCUUAGAACAAGUUGAUCGCAUGAAGAAAGGCGAGGUUUCAAAAGUUGCAGGGAACAGAGAAUCGGAGCCUUGAAGGCAAAGCUAAGCAGAAAAAAUGGAGCGAGGUGGAAUUGCCAAAAAAUUCAAAAUAACUGUGAUGCAGCCCCGUAAACCCGCAUCUCCAUAUGGCUUUAAUAAGACAUACAGAUAUAGUAUCAGAAAAUUUUCGUUGUUUCGUCCGCCCGUGACAGAAUAUACUGGCGCCUGUAAACAUUUUAAUAUUUAAAAUGUUCUACAGGGGUCUGUCACCUGCGGAGGGGAUCCUGUCUAGUCUUUUGACAUGGCUGAGUGUUGAAAGGAGUGUAGGAAUUGUUUAAAUGUAAAGACUAAUGAAUAUAGUAUGUGUUCUGUUAUAACUCCUAAAUUGUUCCAGCUAUCUUUUUUUUGACUAUUUAUUAAGAAUUACAUGGUCUGAUUUGUCAUGUUACAUGUUAGGUCUAUGAAAUAUAGUAAUUUAUUUUAUCGAA